UUUGUUUCCUGUUUCUCUCUGUCUGUGUGCAGGCCUCUGAUGCUGAAUGACUCUAGCUCCGCCCACUCCAUGCCUAAAUACAGCCGCCAGUUCUCAUUGGAGCACAUGCAGGCUGCAGCCAGUCUGCUCUCAGCCGACUCUCUGGUGACCUCUGGACCAAUCGUCUCUGACAUCACAGAUGUGGUCACGCCCACAGCGGAGAGCGUGAUCAGUGAUUGGAUGGAUGCAGGAGACAGCCAAUCAGUGCAAGUCAAAGAGGAGCCGCUCAGUCCUGACGUGGAGCCGUGUCCUGUCCUGGAGGGCGUAGACACACCUGUGGACACACCUGUAGACACGCCCCUCUCCCCCACCACCUUCAUCAACUCCAUCCUGCAGGAGAACGAGACACAGACGCCCCUCAACAUCUGCACCACAGAUCCUGCAGCAGUCAGUCCCAUUGUUGUGAUGAGCCCUGCCUCAGAGGGGCCCCUCCCAACAGCCACAACCAGCCAAUCACCUGCCUCCGUUCCCACCUCGAACUCUGCGCCCUGCCCCACCAAACUUCAGCAGAGUUGUCAGACCAUCGCCUGCAUCGACAAACCCCGCCCCCCUCCCUCUGCAGGUGGACUCUCACCUGACGUUUGGCGCUUCGUUCCAACACGAACUGAUAUAUCUGAACUGUCCAAUCACGUGGACUGUAUUGACAGCAGUCUGGAGAACCUGCAGAGCAUCCUGAACAAUCAGACCUUCACCUUCGAUACGUCUCCCCUCAUGGAGUUCUUCAGUUCGUCCGGUUUCUCUGGAGAUUUUGACGUUGACAGUUUGGACAAUCUGCUGUGUGAUGACGUCCCAAACGGAGCCGAUGACAGCGUGGACACAGGGAAGCAGCUGGUGCACUACAUGUCGGCCCCCGUCCUGCUGGAGGCGGAGCCGCCCGCCGACGACCCCCCCGCUGCACUGCUAAGCCCCGCCCACCUGCACUCUGACCUCUGACGUCAUCCACCAGUCGCCAUGGCAACAGGGCGGUCAGAGCGAUGAAAUCAGAGUUUUUAUUAUUAUUAUUAUUAUAAUAUUAACCGUUUAUAUGUCUUCUUCUUCUACUCUUUUUACUUUAGCUUUUUCUUCUUCGCUGCUUUAGUUGAGUCAUUUU